AUGCCAGUGCAGCCAGCAAAUAAUGCGAGUGCUCCUCGGACAACUUGGCAGCAACAACUUGAGGAGCACUGCGAGGCCCAUAAACGCUCCAAGCCCCUAUUUCGCCUCUUCACCGAACGACGAGGUGGUCGCACGGCUUGGACCUGCAUCGCUACAAUCGACGGGGUGCAGUAUCCGGCUCGAUUCUGGUACGACGGCAAAUACUCCGAUAAUGCCAUAGAGGAUGCCGCGGAAAAAGCCCUGAAUAUACUCAGUCCUCAGACAUCCCGUAACACCCGUUACCCGGGUCAAAUUUACCCUUGA